AUGGGUCAAGAUCUCGAACCUGACAAUGCCAUUCUCUCGGCAGUCUUCCCCCAUGCCAAACCAGUCUCGGUUACCAUCCUCGCCAAAACAUUCGAUACAUGCAAGUUCAGGGCACAAUUCGACACGCAGCCAUGCAAAGAUUGGCCCAUGGAUCUAAUAGUUUACAUGCAAAUCUUCGACGACGUGCCAGUACUCGAAGUCGUCACGGCUCUUGGAAGAGCUGCCAAUCAUCAGUUCCCAGGACUUGUGCCAGAAACUUUCACUUGCAAGAAGGCUUUGACCUCUGACGGAAGAGAUGUGGAAUACACGGUGGCCAGGUAUUUGACAGGAACUGUGACUUUGGAAAAGGUCUGGCCCUCUCUGUUGACUGAGCAGAAAGAGUCGCUAGUGGAUGCAAUCGUUAUGGCGGCUAAGCAGGUCCACACACUAAAGAGCACGGAUCCUGUCGUUAAGGAGCUUUUAGCAGACACUCCGUUCGUAAACAGUGAUGGUGGGAUAUGUAUCGGAGGACCAAGGAGCGGUUAUUCGAAAAACAUUCGAGAAUUUCUCACGCAUCUCGUCGAGAAGAAUCAGUUGAGGAGGUCUCCUACCUCUGAUAUUGUCGAGAAUGCAAGCGGCUUACUCAUUCACUCAUCAUUACCGGAGCUGGGGCAAGUGCUUCUUACCAACGAAGAUAUCGACAGCCUUGGCAGAAACAUUGUACUAUCACACAACGACAUUGAGCCAAGGAACAUUUCAGUGCAAGCUAUUAUGGCGGAGGACGGUUCUACCAACUACGAAUUGGUUGGUCUCGUUGACUGCCACAGAGCUGGAUUCUUCCCAUUCGCGUUUGAGACGGCAGAAAAGGAUCUUUCGCUUGGCAACGAGAAUUUGUUCCUGGACUGGUAUAUGCUCUUCAAAGAGAAGACGAGAUCCAUGAUACCACCUGGAGGCGCGUCCGAAAAACUCAUCAGAGCGGCGCGAAUCAUCACAAAGUCGAAGUGCAUGCAGCAAAAGACGAGUGUCAUGGCCGAAUUCCGCAGACGCUGGCUUGAGAAAGAAGGUCUGGACCUUAGCGACGAUGUACUGACAGGAUGGGAACGUACGAAGUCCAAUAAUGCGAGGGGGCAAGAACCGUGGGUCUUCUCUCUGGAAGAGAACAUCAGAUUAUAUGACCAAGUAGCCCAGGAUUGUCAAUAA